AAAAAGCCAUUUUGUGGCGUCCCUGCAGUACUGAACCAAGUAAAGGCACCGUUUCCGUUCUGCAUAUUCGCACGGAACAACGAGGGCUGGUGAAGAUCCUUCAACCUGGAUAAAAUGCACAGAACGACUCGGAUUAAAAUCACAGAGCUGAAUCCAAACCUGAUAUGCCCACUGUGUGUGGGGUACUUCAUUGAUGCCACCACCAUUGUGGAAUGCCUGCACUCAUUUUGUAAGACAUGCAUUGUGGGUUUCUUGGAAACCAACAAAUUUUGCCCCAGGUGUGAUGUCCAGGUACACAAAACUCGACCACUCCUUAGUAUCAGGUCUGACAAGACUCUACAGGACAUUGUAUACAAACUGGUCCCGGGCCUUUUUAAAGAUGAGAUGAAACGAAGACGGGAUUUCUAUGCAGUGAACCCCACAGCCAGUGGGUCAAAUGGUUCUAGUGAAGACCGUGGAGAGGUCACAGAGGAGGAGAAAAGGAUUAUUGCAGAUGAUGAGAUCAUCAGUCUCUCCAUUGAGUUCCAUGAUAGGAAUAGGAAUGAAAAGAAACCUUUGAACUGUCAAGGCACAGACAAAGAGAAGUCAAACAGUAAACGUUUCCUUCGCUGUCCAGCGGUCAUGACAGUUACGCACUUAGCAAAAUUCCUGCGCAGCAAAAUGGACAUCCCCUGCAACUACCGGAUUGAAGUGUUGUAUGACAGUGAGCCCCUGAAGGAUUACUACACUUUGAUGGACAUCGCUUACAUUUACACAUGGAGACGGAAUGGACCACUCCCCCUCCAGUAUCGUGUCCAGCCAACCUGCAAGCGUCUGAAACUGUCCCAGCCCACAGUUUUGGCACAGUCUGAUGGCAUGAACACCAACCCUAACUCAGAAAGUGAAUCUCUGAGUGACAAGGCCAGCAGCCCUGUGAACCUGCCCUCUAGCUCUUUUCCCCUCCCCAGCCCUGUCCCCCACAGCCCUGCUCCCACCACUGUUCCCCAUCUCAGUGGCACUGUCAGCUGCUCUCUGGCUCCAUUGGGCAGCUCCUACAAGUUGACUGUUAUUGAGAACAACUACAGGCCAGCCAGUGGGGGGGCAAGAGCAGAAAAUGGGGGAUCAUGAAACACAUCCACUGUGCUACCACUCAGCUGAUCUCCUGUUCCUUCAUCAUUGUGAAGCAUUUGACACAAGUCAUCGAAACAUACAAGCUGUCAUGGUGUUUCAACAUUUUGUCAACCUCUAUUUGAAACUUCAGGACACAAAUCAUAUUGUUGCCAAGUGACAGCACAGAAUCUCUGUGCACAUUACUUAGACAGUGAACCUGCAUAACUGAACUUCAUAAGAAAUACUGCUUUGCUGGAUCGCUGGUACUGAGACUGAAAACUGUGAAGGAAAUAAGAUUACCAGUGCAGAGUAUUUUGAUGUCCAUUUUGCCAGCUACUAUUCUACACAUUGUCAAUAAUUACUCCUUGAGAAUAACAAUACCCAGAUACCCUUAGGACAGUCCUGCUCUUUUUCCUGAGUAAAAGCAAUUUAGCAACAUUCUUCACAAGUAAUCCUACCUUAUCAGGCAUUUAGGAGUGCUUGCAAGCUGUCUUAACCUUUUAGGAAUUGCCAACAGGUGGCUACAUCAAGGCAGCAUGCAUGCAUUUUCUGGGAGGACUUGCAUACAUUUGACACAGAGCUGUGAAAAUUCUAUCCAUCAGAAGAGUAUGUUAUUUGUCACUGACCUCGUCGGAGGCAUUAGAAGUCAAACCUGGAGAUAAAUAUCACCACGUACUGCUUUAAUGAAAAUAAUAUAGCCUAAACUUUGUUUCUUGUAAAUGGGGAAAAGUUUUUGUUAAAAAACUUGCUAGACUGUCACCUACUCUAUGAAACAGAAUUACCCUCAUAAACCACAGCUGACUUCAUUCCCAUAACUGCUUGCAGGUACACAGCACAAAUAAAACAGCUAGCUACAUGUGAAACAUUUAUUUUUCAUUUUAGUAUUAAUUGGAAUAUAUGACAGUGUAUGAAACCCAUAAACAGUAUUUCACAUCAAUUAUGUCGUGUUCGCUUCAUAAGAUCACAGGUAGUAAAUGGAAAAGGGGAGUUCACAUUCUGUAUGAAUAAAUGUGUGUCCUGACUAUCUGAGCUACCCCUCAGGAUGGACCACCUAUACGAUGGGCAUAUGCACUAUGCAUUUUUGCUGUGCCUUUCUAGGUGAUACAUCUGUAUAUUUAAGGACCCCCUAGAGGAUUGUAGCAUUGUUGGAGAAAAGUAAAUAAAAUUAUGAUUAUUAUUGUCAUCAUAACAUUAGAUUUUUUACUCAUAAUUAAGACUAACAUAAUAGGAAACACCAUGGGCUACUGUUAAAGGACAUGUUGGACAGAGUAUAGGCUUGGCCUAUUAGUCUACUUUUGAACAGAGUUCUCCAUAAAACAAAAUUAAGCCACCUGAACAUUUAGCUGUUCAAAGUUGGACAUGAAACAUUAGAGAGCUAAAUAGACAGUUUUGACUUUGAAACAAGGUAAUUUUUUUGCUCUUGUCCACUUGUUCCUGCUUUGUUCUAAAUGUUAGUAGGGAAAUACCUUUACCUUUUUGUAACUAUAUAUUUCCUGUAGACUGUCUGCCAUCAAGCAUUCUGAUAUUUUAUAUUCUUAAACAGUACCUGAAAUACAUACAUAUAGCCAUUUGUGCAGGUUUUAUAUAGGCGUAUAGACAAAAUGCAUUACAGAGACAUUGUAAUAUAAAAAUUUUGAGCACAUAGCUCACUUUGUAAUUGUUGAUUGGUCUGACUAACCCAGUAGCCCAUCCUGAGGAGGAGCUCAGAUUUUCAGGACACCAGCAAAAGCUCUAAAAAAGUCAACAGCAUAUUUGGGAUUUCUAGUUUAUAAGUUUUUUAAAAAUGUCAAUUAUAUAAACAUUAUAAGCAGGGAGCUCUGUCAUGGUGUUGCAAUUAUUACUGCUUCUAUUGAUUUUUGCAUUUAAGGUAACUUGUGUCUAACUGACAGCGACUUUAAUGUUCUCAUAAAAACAUUGUUAGUCUAAGGUAGAACCUAUUCCAGCAGAUUGCAGCCAUAAAGUACUGGACCCUAAUGUAGGUCAUCACCUUGACAUGCCUUUCAGUCCAGUGUUUGGAGACCACCCUCUUCUGUUCCCUUUAAUGUUCAGACAAUGUUAGACCAAGGAUGAUCACACAGUGCUGAUCACAUGCAUACACUUGACUCAUGUCUUGAUUUUUUUUUUUUUACGUGUUGGACCUAUACAUAUCAGUGCCAUUAAAUGCUGCACUGUUAUCAUUCUUUGAGCUCAUAACUCAAUUUGGUUAAAUCUGCCAAUGCUAGGCUGCUGACUGUAAGCAACAUCUGUGUCUUGGUCCAGAAAGAAAAGAUUGGCUGAUCAUCACUGUGUUUAAAAGAUUAGCAUGGCUCAAAAUGUGGAGGCAGGGGGCUGCCUGAUGUUGCACCGCUUCCUCCUUCAUGGUCAUCUACACCUGUUGGCAGUGUGUAAAUGUGUGGAAGUCAUUAUAUACCGGACAAGAUAUUUUACACUACCUGUACCUCUCUGGAACAAAAUAUACAUAAAUAUACAAAGCAAAUCAUACUACAUAUACAUUUUACACAUAGAACAUUCUGUACAAAGUUCUAUGUUGUGUAAUAUGGUUGGACUUUGUUGCUCUUGUUAAAUGAUGAAGG